GCCAUCUACCAAACAAGUGUAUUUGCCAAGAACACAGGGCGGCAGCAAUACAAAACUGGAUCAUGCAAAACUUCUCCGAGUGGAUGACCGCAUUACAACAUAGCCCUCCGUCCUCGUACGCCGAGACCGACAUAUCAGACAGCGAAUCAGACAGCUCCAGCUGCAACGACUGCCAGUGCAAUCUCAAGUCCAAGCGCAAAUUCGUAACCAAAGACGCUCAGCGCGUUUGGGUGCGUACGGCGCCCAUCAGCAUUCCGUCCAACGGCCGCCGGGAGCGCCACCCGCACCUGUGCAAAAGCGUUGUUGAGAGCCCAGACUUGUCCUACCACGCUGACAUGCGUCUGCUUCGCGCCGGUCGUUACCUGCACGAGGACGAGGACAAUCAGGACGAGCUGGACGAGGACGAUCCUGCCUUCUACGGCAACUUGGCCUUCUUCCGAUCCCAGUACGGUGCCUCACAAACCCGCGUGGUCAAGUAUAGCGCGCACUCGUCCAAGUCGCUCACAACUGUUGUAGUACCGGCCUCCCCGACUGGCGUGGACGACCGCGACGACGACGACAUCUUCGCCAUGGAAUUGUAAGCUUCGUGCAUUAGGAACUGUCUAUUUAUUGGCCCGCACACAACAUAAAUGCGAACAUGUAAUUUAUCCACCAACGAACAUU